UUUGACAGUCUUCCCAAUUUCGCAGAAUUCGUGACAUUAAUAGCAAUACUGUUGCGUGUUGCGAUUUGCAUGUGACGCUAUUAAAUUGAAUUGCUUUUUCUGGAUUUGCAAGGAACAAGUAUAGUCUUAGAGAAGAGAAGAGUGAUGGCAGCCGCUGAAACUAAUGGAAAUCCGGCCUUGUCCACAGUGGCGCCGCUUGCGCCGGUCACCAGCGAGCGCCCGGUGCGCACAGAUCUCGAAACUUCCAUUCCCAAACCCUAUAUGGUGAGAGGAUUGGUUACUCCAGAUAUGGAACACCCUGAUGGAACUCCUGGGCAUAGCCAUGGUGAUAUGAGUCCCCUGCAGCAGCAUGUUGCUUUCUUUGAUCUAGACGGCAAUGGUAUCGUUUAUCCAUGGGAAACCUAUGCUGGAUGCCGGAAAGUUGGACUCAAUUUCUUUAUAUCACUUUUCCUGGGUAUUUUUGUCAAUUUGUCAAUGAGUUAUCCUACUCUCCCAGGAUGGCUUCCCUCUCCUCUAUUCCCCAUAUACAUAGCUAAUAUCCACAAGGCAAAACACGGAAGUGAUUCUGAAACUUAUGACACGGAAGGAAGAUACUCCCCUACGAAAUUCGAGAGCAUCUUUAGCAAGUACGGAAAAACUUAUCCAGAUAAGCUUACAUUCAGAGAAGUGUGGAACAUGACGGAAGCCAACAGAAAUGCCUUGGACUUCCUUGGAUGGAUUUUAAGCAAAAUUGAAUGGAUUGUCCUCUACAUUCUAGCUAGAGAUCGAGAAGGUUUGCUGUCGAAAGAGGCCGUCAGGCGCUGCUUCGACGGCAGUUUGUUCGAGUACUUUGCCAGGAUGCAAACGCAGGGUGACCAAAAGAUGGAGUGAAUGGAGUUAUGGUUAGUAUAACAUUUAAAAUAAUCAAGAUAGUGCAUAUAUAUGCUAGUCUCCUAGGUAUUGUUAUGUUAAGUGUGUAUGCAAUUGUGAGAUUGAAGUAAUGUUGUUUCUUUAUAUAUAGUACUCUUUUUAUAA